AUGGAGCAGAUCUAUAGUCUAUAUAUAGGUUUUGCCCCGGACUGCGGCUCCACCACCUCCGCCGGCUCCGCCGGCUCCACCACCUCCGCCGGCUCCGCCGCCACCUGCACCCCGGGUACCGCCACACGAACACACUCCGACGGCGAGCGCUCGCCCGACGCGCGGGCCGCAGGUUCGAGUCCCUUCCCAGCAGCCACCUCUCUGUUCAGCCCCGACGUCAGCGCAAAGAUGGCGUCUGACCUGCUCAUCAGGCUGUCAGAGGCCACGCAGAAGGCCCAGAUGCAUCCUGGGAGCCGGGAGGAGGCGGGGAAUCAGGACGAGCCGGGCCCCGCCCUCUCCCCGGACGGCCCCGGGGCCAGCCCCGAGCCGCCCUGCCUCACGCACACGCCCGACGGGAACGCCGCCGCCACCGACACGCUGGCGUCCGACCUGCUCCGGAAGCUCGCAGAGCGGCAGGAGGAGAGCGGCCUGGUGGUGAGACUGAAAGAGGAAGAGGAGCCGAUGGAGGUGGACGCCAUGGUCCAGAACCGACCAAUCGCAGAGAAGGUGACCACGCCCACCCUGAAUGUCUUCCCAGUUCAGACAGAGGAAGACCGGGGUCACCGCGGGGCCAAGAUGGCCGAGCAGCUGCAUCCUGGGGCCAAGAUGGCGGAUCAGCGGCUCCCGGGACUGAAAAUAGAGGAGGCGAGUUCGCUAGCGGCCGGCAGCGACGCUAGCAGGUGUCAGUUUGGGGUGAAAAUGGAAGACGGCGGUGUCUCCGGAGUCAAAGUGGAGGAGCAGCUCCUCUUCAAUACGGCCAUCGCAGAACGACCUUUCUCCAGAGCCAAGAUGGAGGACGGGCUUCUGUCCGGGGCCAGGAUGGAGAACCUGCUGGUGUCCGGGCCCAAGAUGGAGGAGCAGCAGCUUUUCUUUGGAGCCAAGAUGGAGGACCAGUGCCUCCGGGCCGUGCUGUGGCAGGACAUGUCGGUGAACCUGGCGUCCACGCUGCUGCACCAGCUCUCAGAGCGAGCAGGUAAAUCCAGCGGCCAGCAGCAGGAGAGGAUGACUCCGCCCACCAGAAGCAGUCCGGUGAUGAAGGUGAACCAGCCCCGCCCCUCCCCGGAUCCUCCACACGAACCUCCGAGCAGGGAUCAGAGCUCGGCUGGCUCCGCCUUCUUCUUCAGGUGUCACGUCUGCGGCUUUGAGACCGAAGGCCACGCCCUCUUCCAGAGUCACAUGACGGAGCACCGCCCGUGGGAGCACGGCUCCUUCUCCCUGCACUGCUGCACCUGUGAGCUCUCCACCAAUCAGGAGGCGGAGAUGAGGGCUCACGUGGAGACGCACCUUCAGGGCGACAGCAGAGAGACGAGCUGCCCCGGCGCCCGUCCCGCCGCCGCCGCCGCAGCCUCUGGCUGCACGCUGGCAGUUGCCGUGGCAACCCAACCCGAGAAGAGCACCUCCGAGCAUCGCUGCCGCAUCUGCCAGAGGUCGUUUCCAGGGCAACAGGAGCUGCUGGUUCACUUCCAGGGCCAUCGCCAGGGCAACCAGUACCGCUGCGACCGCUGCGGUCACCUGACGCGCACCGCCAACAAGCUGGUGGAGCACGUGCGCGUGCACACGGGCGAGCGGCCCUUCACCUGCGACCUCUGCCCGUACAGCGCCAAGCGCAGGGACAGCCUGCGGCUGCACCGCAAGGUCAAGCACGGCGCCGCCAUCGGCGCCGCUGCCGCCGCCGCCGGGCAGCACGUGCACACGCACCGCUCCUACGUGCACGGAGACAGUCAGCGCUUGAACAAACACGUGCAGCGGCUGCACACGCCGCCCUGCGCCUCCUCCAAGCCUCCGCCUCACCCCUCGCUCCCCGGAUGGAGGGAGUUAUCGCCGCUCCUGCCCAUCACCACGCUCCUCUGGUGGGGGUGA